UCCUUGAACAGAUGAAGGAUUUUCUGUGGGAGAUUUGCCUGGUGUUUCAUACUUUGAGAACUAAGGGAGUUUGAUCAAGAUCAUCACCUGGCUGCAAAAGACAAUCAGGAAAAAACCCAACCAACCAUCCAACAAGCCUUGAAGGGAAAGAGCCAUGACCCUGAACAAUGUCACCAUGCGUCGCAACAGUGCCAGUAGUUGUGGUGCCUUGCAACCUCAGCAACAACGUUGGAGUGUUCCAACAGAUGGGAAGCAUCUGGUAGUGCAGAAAGAGACCCAAGAGGCAAACCGCCAGAAAAGGUACACCCUCAGCCAUGAAGAGUAUUGCCGCAAAAGCUGGUCAUCAGAGUCCUCAGAUUCUGUCAUCUCUACUGAGUCAGGAAACAUCUACCGAGUGGUUCUCAUAGGGGAACAAGGAGUUGGCAAAACCACCAUUGCAAGUGUCUUUGCAGGUGUGCAUGACAGCCUGGAUAGCGAUUGUGAGCUUCUGGGAGAAGACACCUACGAACGAACUUUGCAGGUAGAUGGUGAAAGUGCAAACAUAAUGCUUUUGGACGUUUGGGAAAACAAGAAUGAAAAUGGAUGGCUCCAAGAUCAGUGCAUGAAAGUUGGAGAUGCAUAUGUAAUUGUCUAUUCCAUCACGGACCGGGCAAGCUUUGAAAGAGCAUCUGAGCUAAGGAUUCAGCUCCGCAGAGCACGGCAGAUGGAAGACCUUCCUAUUAUUUUAGUGGGCAACAAAAGCGAUCUAGUAAGGCGCCGUGAAGUUUCCGUUUCAGAGGGCCGAGCCUGUGCAGUAGUGUUUGAUUGUAAGUUCAUUGAGACCUCAGCAGCUGUACAGCAUAAUGUCAGGGAGCUGUUUGAAGGCAUCGUACGCCAAGUUCGUCUGAGAAGAGACAGCAGAGAAAAGAACGAGAAGAGGCUGGCCUAUCAAAAGAGAAAAGAGACCAUCCCUAAGAAGGCGAGGCGAUUCUGGGGGAAGAUUGUAGCCCGAAAAAACAAGAAUAUGGCUUUCAAACUGAAGUCCAAAUCUUGCCAUGAUCUCUCUGUCCUUUAGGAACUUGGGGACACAUCCAGACUUUUAUCGAUCACAAAUACGCCGUAUAAUCUCCAGAACUGAGAAAAAUCAAUCUAUAUUAGAUUGGUCAACACAGCUGAUCUGGAAUCACGAUUGUGAUUACUGUGAUGGUGCAUGCCGCAAUACAGUAAGCAUGGCCUCAUGCAUGGAAGAAGGGAUAUCAUCUAUACGUUUGGUUUAUUUUUUGAAACAAAUGAGUAUACUGGAUUGGGAACAGCAAUUCUAUGCUCUCUGAAAGAACAUUCCAAACAAUAAAGUGAGAUGAGCCUGAAAAAACACAACCUGUUUCCUAUGGAAAGGGGAACUCCUAUAGUUGCCUUCUUCCUAACCAACCAGUUGUUUUUCUUAAGUGUGCACUGCUAAGUCUUAUUCUUACAAUAUCAUCUGUUGAAGUGGCUAGAUAGAUAUCAGCAGCAUCAGCAGAUAAUCAGAUGCUCAGAUCACUAGGAACAUUAAAGCCAGCACUCGUCGAUGAAUAUUAUCAUGUAGUCAGCACUGUCCCAAUUCUAAAUCUAUUCACUUUUUACCCUACUGGUCCUAUGUCCAUUUGUAUUCUGAUCAUCAUCUUAAAUGCAUCUGGCAUAUUACUUUACAGCCUGAGAUUUUAAAAACUAAAACUAGGUAGGCACUGCAGCAGAUCUGAUAGCAAAUUCAUUUUUUUCCUGGCUUUUGUAUUAUUCCACCUUCUUGCUUCCUCGCUGCCAAGUAAAACCAUCCAAGCAUGGCUACCUCUGAAAUAAAAGCACAUCCAUCACAAACCAGCAAUUGCUACAGCACAGCACCAUUCAUUUAAUGGGGACCUUGUCCGCUGAAGAGGCAGGGAGAAAAUAUAUUAAUGUGAUAUGCGCACAUGUGCCUUUGAAUCAGCUUUGACUCCUGGGGACUGCCAGAAAAAGUCCCUGUAUUUUUCUUGGCAGGAUUUUGGAAGGGUUGAGAGAGAGUGACUGGUCCAAGACCAUCCAGCUGGCUUUGUACAUAAGGCGGGACAAGAACUCACAGAUUCUCAAUUUUUAGCUGAGGCCUUAAUCACUACACCAAACUGGCACUCCUUAAUAUGGUAAGGUUAAUUAUCUAGAGAUGCUUAUGUUGUUAUGAUCCAAUAUGGAGAAUUAGUCUGAAUACCAAUAAUAAAGAACAUUGAGAAUUUUAACUGUGUAAUUAUAGAAUAAAUUUAUUUCUCUCUAGAGCCAUUCAAAAUUCCUAAAGACAGCAUGUUAAAGCCAGACAUACUCAAGAAAGGAGAGGUUAUCAGCUCACUUGUGAAGGGAAGUUCCUGUCUGAAUUCAGUUCAUUUUUGCUAUAAAUUACUUCAAAUCAACGUUUGCUUGUAUCACCCUACUACAGCAAUGUUAUGGUAGGAAUGGUAGAUCCUGAGAUUGAAACUCAAGGGUGAGAUGUAAAUUUUUGAGAAGGUGGAUUGCUUUUUAGUAAAAACCAAAAAGACAGUCUGUGCUCAGAACAAGUGUUUAUGACAUUAUUUUUAUAUUUAUUAUCUUUCAGUUAUUAAUUGUAUUUUCCAUAGAUGAGCUCGAAGAAGGGAGAGAUGAAAGGACUGUUGGAAAAUGUAGUGUUGAAAUAUAUUUAUUAAAUGAUUUCUUUAGAA